ACUAUAUUCAGAAGAAAAGAAAAAAGAAGAGAAAAGAGACAGAGAAGAACAUUAUAAACAGUAUCCCAUUUAUACAUCUCCAAGAAUUCACAAACAAAACCAAACAUCAUCAAAUCGAUCGAUGGACAUGGAGUCAAAGAAACCAUAUAUGAUGGUGACUAUAAUACAAGUCAUAUAUACGAUCAUGUUCUUGAUCUCCAAAGCCGUCUUCAAUGGUGGAAUGAACACUUUCGUCUUCGUUUUCUAUCGUCAAGCUUUUGCUACCAUCUUCUUGGCUCCUCUUGCUUUCUUCUUCGAGCGGAAAAGUGCUCCACCUCUUUCAUUUGUGACCUUCAUCAAGAUCUUCAUGCUCUCUUUAUUUGGUGUGACAAUGAGCUUGGACUUAAACGGUAUCGCAUUAUCAUACACGUCGGCGACUUUAGCCGCAGCCACAACAGCUUCUCUUCCGGCCAUCACUUUCUUCUUGGCUCUCUUAUUUGGAAUGGAGAGGCUUAAGGUUAUGAGCAUACAAGGAACAGCAAAGCUUGUAGGGAUCACUGUGUGCAUGGGAGGGGUAAUUACCUUGGCACUUUACAAAGGUCCACUACUGAAAUUACCUUUAUGCCAUCAUCUCUAUCACGGCCAAGAACAUCUUCACCGGAAUGAUGUUUCCGACGGUUCCACUUCGUGGCUCAAAGGCUGUUUCCUCAUGAUCGCCUCCAACAUUUUAUGGGGUCUCUGGCUCGUUUUACAGGGCCGUGUGUUAAAGCUCUACCCUUCGAAGCUAUACUUCACAACACUUCAUUGUCUCUUGAGUUCGAUUCAAUCCUUUGUCAUCGCAAUUGCUUUCGAGAGAGAUAUUUCCGCAUGGAAGCUUGGUUGGAACCUAAGACUCGUUGCAGUCAUUUACUGCGGGUUCAUUGUAACAGGCGUGGCAUAUUAUUUGCAAUCAUGGGUAAUAGAAAAGAGAGGACCUGUCUUCCUAUCGAUGUUCACUCCUUUGUCUCUCGUCUUCACUCUCCUCUCCUCAGCGAUUCUUUUAUGCGAGAUCAUCAGUCUUGGAAGUAUCGUAGGUGGAUUAUUGUUGAUCAUAGGACUCUACUGUGUGUUGUGGGGGAAAAGCAGAGAGAGGAAAAACAGUGGUGUUGGAGAUAAGAUUGAUCUACAGAAAGAAAACGAUGUCGUGUGCAAUGAAGUGAAGGUUGUCAUUAGUUGAGAGAUAUUGUAUUAGCUUUUAUCUAUAUAUAUAUAAGAUGUGCUAAAAAUUAGGCUUUUUAUGAUACAUGUGACUAAUCAUUCACAUAUAGUAGAGUCUAGAAUCUCUUAAGAAAUCUUUGCUUUAACUACUUUUACU